AUGGCUUUGCGGAAUCCUGAUAAACCCGAAGUCCUCAGUACGGACGUCGAUGAGAAUAAACUGCCCGAAUUCCUCUACAUUGUCGUGACGGCGUACGCUACCUACAGGAAUCCCGAGGAUAUGUGUACCGCGAUUAAGCAGGAACUGGAUAGGCAAUUCAAUAACAACUGGCAUGUCAUCGUUGGACUGCCCUUUGGCAUGUAA